AUGGGUAUCCUUAAAAUUUCAUACAUACAUUUUCAAAUGGCUGUCAAAGUUGGUUCUUCAUUUUCUUGUCUGGCUACUUCACUCUCUUCUCCUUUUAAACUAAGAAGAACCUCCCAGGCAUGUUUUGUUCCGUUUUACUAUGCUUCAAAUGAGAUGCUUGGGAUAUUUGCAAUUGUUGACAGUGAGUGCAUUUUGUUUAAUGUUUCUUACAAAAGCAAGCUGCUUUUAGGAGUUAAAGUUGUAGCAUGUCAGAAUGUUGUACUAGGAAUGUUACCUUAUGUUGAUCUGAGCUUGUCAGAAAGACCAUAUAAUGGACUGCAUUAUAAGCUUAGAAAUGCAGAUGUCCACUCAUGCCACGUCAUAGAUGGUCUCUCAAAAUUAAAGGGAAAUUUUCCCAGAAGGCAACAUGUUCUCUUUGGAACUUCUCAAGAUCAGUCACACUACAGUGAGCUCAAACCAGACACAUCAGAACAAGAUGAUGAUCAUCCUACCACCGAAGCUCUCCCUUCUACAAGCUCUUCAAUUAAUCAUUUCCCAGGAACUGAUGGGAAACCAGGUUUAAUUUCAUUUUAUAAUCGUCCAUAUAAAAAGGAGGAUGAAGUUGUUAUAUAUAAUGUGCAAAGGAAUCCAAACAGCCUAUUAUGGUUUAUCGGUCCUGCUGUACUUGUAGCCUCUUUCAUUUUCCCAUCACUUUAUUUACGCAGAAUACUCUCUGCAGUAUUUGAGGACUCUUUGCUGACAGAUUUCCUCAUAUUGUUCUUCACGGAAGCUCUUUUCUACUGUGGUGUUGCGGUUUUUCUUCUGCUAAUAGACCAUUUAAGGAGGCCUGUGGAACCAGCAUCAGUUGUAAAUGAUAUCAGAACCCUGACUCCCCAGUUGGGACAGCGAAUCUCUUCUGUAGCUGCCUUGGUUCUUAAUCUUAUAGUUCCCAUGGUUACAAUGGGCUUGGUCUGGCCAUGGACUGGCCCUGCGGCUUCUGCUACUCUUGCUCCAUACCUGGUUGGUAUUGUAGUACAAUUUGCAUUUGAGCAGUACGCAAGAUAUUGGAAGUCACCUUCAUGGCCUGUCAUUCCAAUCAUCUUUCAAGUUUAUAGACUGCAUCAAUUGAAUAGAGCCGCACAACUAGUGACAGCCCUGUCAUUUACGGUGAGAGGAGCUGAAAUGACCUCUCACAAUUUGGAGAUAAGCAGCUCUUUAGGCACACUUUUGAAUGUCCUUCAAUUCCUUGGGGUCAUCUGCAUUUGGUCACUGUCAAGCUUCCUCAUGAAAUUUUUCCCACCAACUGCCAGGAGUAAUCUAAUACAUGUAGGUUUUUCUGACUUCUUUGAGCUAUACUUCUGCUAUGGUGAGAAUUUGGAGCUUAAUGGGUAUCAGAGAAUUUAUUUGCUGAUAUCAUGGUGGAAAGAAUUGCGUGUGGAGAGGGUGGGGAGUGAGGAGGCAAAAGUUAUUGAUGGGACAGAGCCUGUUCGUAUUGGUUGUCUCUGCUUAGAUCCUGAGAAGCUAAGGAAAGGUAGAUAUAGAGUUUGCCGUUGA